AUCUAUAAUCUGACAUGCUGUAACGGACGUAUCCUGUUGCAUCUUCGCCCGACCUGCUGAAAAGAACAACAAACGACCACAGAUCACAACUGUACAGUUUUUUUCGACGUACUCAAUUGCCCGGUCAGAAGGUCACUCGUGGCUUGCUGAUAAUUUUUCCAUCCUCGCUUUGCUUCAUUGAUCUUUCAUAGAUCUUUGAUGAUGUCUGUUUUGAAAUAAAAAUCAUGAACGCCUUCAAGCGGUUCUUUCUCACCAUGGCAACCAUCACAUCCAAGUUCAUCAGAGAGGCUCAAAAGCUGCCUCCUCUGAAGAUGUUCCUUCGAGCCUUUAGCUCUGCGCCUCAGAUGGAGUUGCUGCCCAUUAGGAAAGAGUUGGGCAAGUUCGAGGGCGGCUCUGUCGAUCUAGAGAUGGACGAACAAACGGGCAUUGCAGUCAUGACAUUGAACAACCCGAGGAGACUGAACUCAAUGACAGGGAAAAUGAUGGUGGAUAUGUCAGACAGGAUAACUCAGCUGGAGCAGUGGAAGAAGGGCAAAGGUUUGAUCCUCAUGGGGAUUGGAGGGAACUUUUGCUCGGGAGGUGAUCUGACGUUUGUGCGCAAGGCCUUGCAUUACGGGGCGGAGAUGGCCACGUACCAGCACCACACACUGACCAGACUCCUGAACCUUCCGCUCAUCAGUGUUGCUCUCCUUCAAGGGCACACUCUUGGGGGAGGGGCGGAGCUAUCGACAGCUUGUGAUUUCCGCGUCAUGUCCCCAACAGCCAAAGUGGGCUUUGUUCAGAUCAAGAUGGGCUUAACGACGGGUUGGGGCGCCACCACGCGAUUGGUUCACCUCCUGGGUCGGCAAAAAGCCUUGGGUCUGUUGUGCUCGGCAAAAGUCUUGUCUGCGGAGGAAGCGAAAUCCGAGGGUCUCGUGGAUAGUGUGAUGAUGUACGGCCUGUCGCAGGAAGAUGAGUUCACCGAGUGCAAGAAGUGGCUGGUGUCUAAUUAUUGCCGGCACGACUCUGAUUUGAUUCAGGCCACCAAGUCCUCUGUGGUAUACUCCGACCUGAACCGAGAUCUGGACACGUCUUUGAGAAAUGAGAGAGAGGUUUUUGCACAGUACUGGGGCGGCCCGGCCCAGAAAGCAGCUUUAGAAGCCAAUGUAAAGCAUAAUAAAUAAUGACAGUAAAUUAUUUGUUAAUGUAGGUUGUGCCUGUUAGUGUUACAAUUAUGUGUGUCACCACGUUGUGGAGUCAGGCUUGUGGGCAUGUGGGGUUAUUUAUAUCAUCUUAAAGCUUGUUCAUUUCUCUUGCUUGAUUUCAACAUGACGCCAUACAUUCAUACAUGCAAUUGGGAGUUUGGGUGGGAAAACCUCAAAAUUUUUUUACAUAUUUACCUGUUUUUGUGACUCUUCUUAUACAUUUGUAAUGCAGUGUCGCAAAAUGAGAUCAAAAUAAAAAAACAGUUGGGCACAGAUAACAUGAUCAGUCAAAGCUCGAAAUCACUGAGAAUUCUUACAAUAUACAAUAUAAUGCCAUUCCUCAAGAUAUGGAAAGGGAAGUGAUGACACCAGAGAGGUUGGUGGUGCGGGUGUGCUCUGAACAGUAUUGGUUAUGUUGUCAUGAAUGUGAUCUAAAUCUAAUGUAAGAGCAAUUUUAUUUUAGCCCUAAUACCAGGUGCCCACUGGCAGGAACGGAUAGGGCGGGGUUCGGGUUGAUUAAUGGCGGCUUCAGUGCACACUAAGAAUUUACUCCUUCCUUGUGUCAAAUUUAAAAAAAAAAUAUUUAAAAAAUUGACUGGUGUGCAGUGUUAGUUAUUGAGCUCAAACCUUACUGUUCACAACACAGCCACUUCCUUCCAUAUGGCUUCAACUUCAAAAUACUCAGGCAUGUCACGGUUACUGUGUUGACCAGUUCUUGAAUCCUGGUGGCGUGGAAAAUAUCGAUAGCAUUUUUUCUAGGCCUAUCUGUAUCAGCUUCUCCAAAUCUUCACUGACUUCAUCAUGUGUAGUAUUACAUUACGUGUGCAAAAAAUAUGAACCUGAUCUUGUGCCAUGUCUCUUCCCAUCUCUAAUCUAGUCCCAUCCUUGUGUAAAAAGCAGCAGAAAUUAGUAAGGAAGUUUGCCAUGACAUCAUAGUAAAAGAGUUUUUCCAUGACAUCAUAAUAAAACAUUACAGUGGAACUCGGAUUCAACGAGGUCGUCGGGCUUGACCUAAAGUCUCGUUGAAUCAGAGUGUUCGUUAAAGCAAACACAAUGUUUUUUGUAGAUAAUUACAGGCACUGAGCAAGUAAUGUGUGAGAGAAGUCACAAGUAAUGCCUGAAAUGCCUGCAUUAUUAUGAGCUCUACUAAAAAAAAAAAAA